CAAGAAGGCAGGUCUCUCCUUAUACGCACUGAAGUUCACUUUCUUUUUCAGGUUCACCAGAGUUCAUAGAUACUCCAGCUGUUUUUAAACAGAGCGUGACACACAGCUUUAGGACAGAUAAGAGUGCUGGAAAGAGAGAAGGCAUUUUGCAACUCUGAAAACCUCAACAAUAUGUCUCAGCCUAAAAUAAAUGUUAAAGAAGUUGACGAGAUGUUGGAAAAGGCAAAAAAUAUGAAACCAGAAGACCUUCUGUUUAAAUACAAGGGGAUCCUGUAUCCUAGUCUCCAUAGUCAACCGGAGAACAUUGAUGCAAUAGAGAGCUUUGAAGCCAGGGAGGACGAUAUACUACUGGUGGCUUAUCCAAAAUGUGGGUAUAAUUGGAUGAUUCAGGUCCUGAAUAAACUUGCAUUUUCUGCUGGUAAACUGAGAAAUCCCAAAUACAUUCCAUAUCUGGAGUUCACAAACCCAGAAAAAUUGAAGUUGUUGUCCACAUUGCCUUCUACAAGAAUCCUGGGAACUCAUAUGAACACAAAUAAUAUUCCAGUGUCAUUCUUUGAGAAGAAGUCUAAGAUUCUUGUGGUGCUUCGCAACCCUAAAGACACGGCUGUCUCGUACUUCCAUUUUUACAACAAAAACCCUGUUCUUCCGGCGUUUGAUUCCUGGGACAAGUUCUUCUCACAGUACAUGAGUGGAGAAGUUAUGUGGGGCUCCUAUUUUGACCAUGCAGUUCUUUGGGAAAAGUACAUCGACAGUGAGAAUGUAAAGAUUGUAACAUACGAAGACUUGAAAGCAAAUUUUACUGAAGAAAUAAAAGAGAUUGCCAAAUACUUCAACUACACACUGAGUGAUGAACAGAUCCAGACUAUUGCUGAAGAAAGUACUUUUGAUGCUAUGAAGGAAAAAUCUCAGGAAAUGUAUGGUUCAUUUGGCAAAGUUAUAUUCAGGAAAGGUGGUGUUGGAGACUGGAAAAACCAUUUCAGUGACGAGCAGAGCAAAGAGGUGGAUGCAAAGUUUGAGCAAUGCCUCGCAGGAACUAAGAUUGGGGCAAAGUUGAAGUAUGAAGUGCACUGCAAAUAAAGAAUGUCUCAGGUACUGGAUGGUGUUACUAGGGUUACAAUGGCUAGUUACAAAUUGUACUAAAAUACUUUAUAUGUUACUGUAAGUCCAUAUUUUAAAGACUAAAUAGAGCUAAAUGAAAAGGUUUGUUGAAUGUAGUGUGACUUUUUUAAUAGAAAAAGAAGAAAAAAACUACCAUAGCCAAUAAAAGGGAAAUGUAAAAUUAAAUUUUAAGACAUUUACAUUUUAAUAACAAUCUUUGUGUGUGGUGUACAGAUGAGCAAUUAUUAUGUCAUUUGCAUUCUGAAUUAACCUAAUAA